UACGUGGAACUGCAAGCUGUUUAUUGCUAAACGUUUCACACCAUUACUGCUGCUUAAUCACAUCAAUCUCUCAGAGCGAGGAAGGCCCAUAACGCACCGCAAAUUUCACCAGGUUUUCAGCGCAUUGGACCUUUGUCGUGGUUUCUUGAGCUGUGUGUAGUCGUUUAGCUGGUCAAACAUCAACGGAUUGUGCACACGAAGCUUCACUAAGCGAUCUUUCCAUUUGGGUGGUUAGCACCGUUUGCUGGGUGAGGUCUGGAGCUGAGCUGCUAACGGGACGCGAUGACGGACGCGGUAGGCACGGCAGCGCCCGCCGGGCCCGAGGCACCAGAGGCGGCAGUCACCCCCUCGCCCGCUGCUGUCGAGGCAGCGCACAAGGCUGCGAUAGCGAAGCAGGUUCAGGAGGGCAAGCGGAAGUUCUACGACCACCUGGAGGACAAGGUCCUGGACUACUUUCACAACAGCCCCGUCAACAUCGAGGCGUGCGUCAGCACCUGCGUCAAGAUCUUUAGCAAUGUGGUGCACAACCCAACUGAGGAGAAGUUCCGAAAAGUCAAGGCCGCCAGCAACACACUGCGCGGCACGGUGGGGCUGAUCAAGGGCGGCGAGGACCUGCUGCUGCUGGCGGGAUGGGUGCCCAAGGUGGUGGAUAUGGAGAAGUACUGGGUGUUUGAUGCGCCCGUGGACAGCGUGCGCUGGGGGCUGCUCAAGGAGGCGCUGCACCUGUGUGAGCGGGCGCAGCAGACCGUGCACGAAAAGGCGGAGAAGAAGCGGCGCGAGAAGGAGGACAAGCUGUCCAAGGAGAGCGCGGAGAAGGAGCGCAUCCGCCUGGCCAUUGAGGAGGACAAGGCGGAGCGCAAGCUGCGAACAGAGCUGACGCAGGCCACUGGGGCGGUGACCGCGUCGCCACUGCCGUCCGAGGCAGCAACAGAGGCGCGGUCAGCGCACAAGCGGCCGCCCGGUAGCGGCGGGGGCCCGGCGGAGGAGGACGACGAUGAGUAGAUGGCUGGGCGGACUGGAGCCCAGAAAUGUGGGUGUCGUUGACAGGCGUGAAGGGGUUGUUGAGGUAUUGCUGGAUGCCCUUUUAUUGAACGGCGCUGCAAAGGUGCCUGGAUGCCUGGUUGCCUGGCGCUGCGGGCUAGCUGUGUGCCAGUCCUGCAGUGCUGUCAGUCGUUGGGUUGUGUGGCUGCCCGUGUGGCUGCGGCCGGUUGCGGCGGCCUGCGGAGAGGUCCUGCAUUCUAGGGGGCACUGUUGUCUGAAGCACCGGAGGCACGGUAGGGGAAGGAGUGUGAGCUGGACUGCUGGAGGAGGUAUGUCCUCGUGACUACUGUGGUGUGAGCACUUCGUCAAUCUCAGCCGCCACGCACAGCCUCCCAGGCCACCCCUCGCUGCCACUGAGGGGGUAGCAGUGGAAAAAGCAUGGACGAGUGGAGCGCACGAUGGCGCAACGCGCUGUCCGUGCCUUGAGAGGAGGAGUGGGGCUGUGGCUGAGAGGCACUGAAUGGCAUGGAACGAGGGCCAGCAACAUAAGACUCGUAGCAAGCGUGUAGUCGGCGUCCUUCGGCGUACGGGAAGAUGGUGGGAUGGAACUGGCGGUCGGAGCGCGGCACGGGCGGGCAGUCGUCGUCCUCCGUCGUCUUGAGUCAUUAAGUGUC